AUGGGAGGAAAUGUCUCCCCGAGGGGCUCCUGGUUCGUCCUCUCGUCCGUCCACCCGCUGUUCGUCUCCCAGCUGUCCCCGAGCACUGACAGCCUCAUCGCUGUCUUCCUCACCUUCACAUGUGUCACGUCAGUGGUGGGGAACGGCACGUCGUUGUUGAUGUUCUGCAGGAGACGAAAGAAGCUCAGACCUCCAGAGCUCAUGAUCAUCAACCUGGCUCUCUGCGAUUUAGGCUUCAGCCUCUUGGGAGCGCCGUUUUUCAUCAUUUCCAGCUGGAGUCAUGCCUGGGUGUUUGGCGACACCGGCUGCCUCUUGUACGGCAUUCAGGGUUUUCUGUUCGGCAUCGGCUCGCUGCUCACCACCUGCCUCAUCUCUCUGGACCGCUGCCUGAAGAUCUGCUGCUUAAGAUACGGUCAAUGGAUUGAGAGGCGCCACGUGUUACUGUCCUUAGCGCUGUUGUGGGUGUACACGAGUUUCUGGGCCGUCUUGCCUGCUUUUGGCUUUGGUAGUUAUGGACCAGAGCCUUAUGGGACCAGCUGCACAAUAAACUGGUGGAGAAUAAAGACGUCUCUAAAUGACAGAAUCUAUAUUUUCCUCAUCAUGAUGUUAUGCUUUGGAUUUCCUGCACUCAUUAUCGUCGCUUCAUAUGUGAUCAUCCUGCGGAAGGUUUACAGAUCCAAUCGCACUCUGGCAUCUAUACCGUCCGCCUCCGUCUCUCACAGUGGCAAAGACCUGAGACUUGCAAAGAUGGCGGCGGUGGUGUGUGCCUCCUUCCUCAUAGCCUGGAUGCCGUACGCCACCAUUUCUCUGAUCUCUGCACUCAUUCCCAGUGAGGACCAGGAGGCGUCUCUACACUCUGUGGUGGAGGAGUCGAGCUCUGCGAAUCCCCCAAAGACCCUGGACAUCCCCUCGCUGCUCAACUGGACAGCUACAGAAUAUUACAGACACAUUUACUACAACCCUGAGAGCAGGUGGAGCGGCGUGGAGAUGAAUUCAGCCUCCAUCACCUCCCAGAGUGAACCCAGCAGCCCCAGGUCCGCCUUCUCUCCUUUAGUCAGCUUAAUCCCUGCCAUGCUUGCAAAGUCCCACACCAUGCUCAACCCUCUGAUCUACCACAUCAUGAACCGGGAGUUCAGGUACGACAUGUACGCCAUGAUGUUCGGCCAGGUGAAGGCGGAGAAGAGGAAGAUGUCCACGAAUCUAGAGAGACACAGCAGAAAUUUGAGCAAACAAAAGAGAAGGGAGAGUAAAAGUAAGGGGAGAUUCAACUCCUGGGCAGAUACUACCUCCUCGGGGGGGGGGGGGGGGGACACUAACGCCUUGGACACUGAAGGCCACGUGGACACUGCAGCAUCGAUGGGAGGACGAUGAGGAGAGA